AUGCCUCAUCGACAACCCUCAACGAGCAAACCACCUCCGGUGAGGCAUCCCUCCAUACGGUCAGAGAAAGCCGGUCCCCAGCGCCUCUCCUCUACUCGAAGCUCCACAACACGGAAUCCUUCCGUGAGGACAGUCACGGGAAAUGGUCCCGAACGAAGGCCGACCGCCGGCCUGCGCCGGGAAAACACCCUCCAAACCCGCUACAUGGAGAUGCUCCUCAGCCUCGACAAAAUUCCCCGCCUGCACAAUAUCCUCGCCGCCUUCUUCGGAUGGAUCCUGCUCGCCGGCUUCAUCGUCUUCCCGGGAACCUUCACCAGCAUCCGCGACCUGUCCGAAGACCCGGACGUGGCUGACAAGUCCCCCGCCGCCAGCGUUAUCCUGGACCAAGUCCAGAACGUGCCUUUGCUCGUCGUUGCCGCUGUCUGCUGUGGUAUCGGCGCCGCGGGGCUGUUGUGGCUAGCUUUCCGCUGGCGGUCUAAUUAUGUCUGGUUGCUGAAUAGGGUUUAUCUGCCUGGCGCAACCAAUGCCCUCGCCGGGCUGAUAUCGACUCUUGUUGUUGUGUAUUCGCAGAAACAUGGUGAUUGGAGUGUUACGGCCAAGGUGACCGGUAUUGUCGAGGGCGCGGACUUGGUCGUUUGUGGAUCGCUCUUCGUGUUUAACACUCUGUUGCUCAAGAGGGUCCAGCGGAAACACGGGAGAGAAAUGGAGCAGUUUGAGCAGGUCGGUGAGGAGGGCCUGUUCGAAAGGGCCGGGAGGAAGCUUCAGCAGCCUGCUCUGGAACCCCAGAGCGUUGUUUGA